AUGACUCUUGCUGUCGAUCUGCUCAAUCCUUCUGCUGAAUCGGAGAAGAGGAGACACAAGCUCAAGCGCCUUGUUCAGUCUCCCAACUCGUACUUCAUGGAUGUGAAGUGCCCUGGCUGCUUCGCCAUUACGACUGUUUUCUCGCAUGCGCAAACUGUUGUCCUCUGUGGAGCAUGCGGGACAGUGCUUUGCCAACCCACCGGUGGAAAAGCGAGAUUGACAGAGGGGAGCUCGUACCGUCGGAAGAACUGA